AUGUCCAAGGCAUCGACCACCGUUGCGGUGUCUAGCCAGAGCUUAGGGAAGCUACGGCCCGAGAAAUCGCUCAAUUACCACCAGCAGGCAUCCAUAACUUCGUUGGAUUUCAACGACUCUGGCCAGUUUCUCAUAUCGGCUGGGGUAGACCGCUCGAUUCAACUUUAUGAUGUUCAUAAAGGCGUCCAUGUCAAGCUGAUUCAGUCGCAGAAAUAUGGAGCACACAUAGCAUGCUUCACCCAUGCUGAUUUUGCCUGUCUUUAUGCAUCAACUCCGGAUUUGGAGUCCGAUGUAGAUCACUCCAUAAGACAUCUUUCGCUUGCCGAUAAGCAAUAUAUUCGCUAUUUCAAGGGACACAAACAGCAGGUGCUCAACUUGGAGGUCCACCCCGUCAAGGACUUGUUUUUGAGCAGCAGUGUAGAUAAAACUGUCAAGUUAUGGGAUACUAGAGCGUCUACUCCAGCUGGAAAUGUCGAUGUUGGACAGCCAUCUUUGGUAGCUUAUGAUCCUUACGGGAUCGUGUUUGCCGUUGGAAAGUAUAGCAAUCCAAAAUCCUUGGCUCUGGAGGGCCAAUUGACGUUGUACGAUACAAAAUCGUUCGAUAAGAGACCUUUCUUAUCCACUCUGGUUCCUCUGAUUCCUGGUGCUACUUGGACCAAGCUUGAAUUCUCAAAUAACGGCAAGCUCAUACUUAUCUCAACAGAUGCUCAAGAAGACUACGUUGUCGAUGCAUUUACUGGAAAACUACUAUGUGUACUUCAAAUGACCUCGAGUCCUUAUAGUCUUGAACACUAUACAGAAAACUGGAUGACCUACAAAUAUCCGUCUUCAGGUCGAAGCUGCUUCAGUCCAUGUGGAAAAUACGUACUUGCAGGCUCGCCAAAGAUGAGUGUGUUGGUGUUUGAUUUGGCUGCAAUUAAAUCAUCUGAGGGAAGUAAUGAUUUCAUACAAAAUUCUCCCACCAAACUCAAACCAGUUCACGUUUUGAAAACAGACCAUGGGUUGCCAAAAAUAGUCACGUUCAACCCAAAACUACUCUCAAUUGCAACCGCCGAUAACUCGGUGGCUCUAUGGAAAGGUGAUGAUUAA